UUCACCUUCCAGGAAAACGUCGACUACGUGGUCCAAAAUGACGCGAUUAAGCCGGUGUCCGGCGCGACCGGUAUCACGCAGGAUUCCCUCCACUGGUCGGAUGGUAUUCACCAAAUUCUGGAAGUGAUGCACGGCUUGCCUGUCACCCCGGAAUCGUUACCAACGAACUUUUUGUCCAACUUCGCUUUUUUCCGCCGGUACAAAUUUCUUUACGGCGUGACUGGCACACUUGGGUCCCCAGCAGUCAGGCAAUCGCUGAAGCAGGCGUAUCAGCUCAAAUCCCGGCGGAUGCCGCUGUCCAGGAAGAAGCGCUUCGUGAAUUACGCACCGGAUUUGAUCGGCACCGAACAACUGAUGGUCCUCGCACGAGGUGGAGCGGGGCCGACUGGGGUCGCGCCAUCGUCGGGUGAACAACAUCAACCUACUUCCAAUGCAGUCACGACAACCAGUACAAGUGGCAGUGCAGGAGCUUCGAAAGUCGUGAAGAAAACCGCACCGUUGUCCCAGCGCGACCGUUGGAUUCAGAAGGUCGUGGAGAAUGUGCUGAAGGAACUCCGUCGAAACCGCGGCGUGCUGUGCAUUUGCCGCAGUAUUGAGAACGCAACGCUGAUCUCGCAGGCGUUGAAGCAGUCCUGGCCCGAGCGGGAUGUCAAGGAGUAUUUGAGGCAGAGCAACGCCGAUGUGGGGUCCGGGGAGAUGGAGCCCUUCCGGCCAGGUAUGGUCAUUGUUUCCACAAUAUCAAAUGUAAAAAUGUCUGGGUCCUCUGGAAGAUUGCCAGGUUUGUCAUGCACAUUUUGCAUGACUCCUGAUGUCUGUGAUGCAUGCCCGAGCAUCACAGAUUUUGUGAGGGCUUCCUGAUGCCUAUACCGCAUGACAAAUGCUCUUUCCGUGUAGCAAGACUUGGACUCUCUUUGCUGCUCAUGCAAUACAGAUUUUUUUAGAAUCCAAAAUCAGCAUGACAAGUUGGAUUCUUCCAGACCCAGACAUUUUUACAGUUGAUACACAAACUUGGCGGGCCGCGGCACGGACUACGAAACGAACAAAAUCGAACCGUUUGGCGGUUUGUAUGCAAUGCAAAACAAGUAUCGUACUAGUACAAAUUGCAUUACAAAUUCCCCCAGCAUUACAAAUCAAAUUUGUAAUGCUGAUUUACCUUAAUAAACAGAUUUGUAAUGCGUAAAUGCAAUUACUCCGAGUACGAUACUUUUGCAAUGCAUAGUUUGCACGUCGAACUGACCUUCCUCGCGGAAUCCCGGGAAGAGGCGCAGGCCCUGGGCCGCACCAGUCGCCAAGGCAAGAAGGGCACGGCGCGAGUGACGGCGAUGGUGACGCAGGGAUUUUUGCUCGCGGAGAAGGAAAGCGACAUCCUG